CUACUACUACUAUUAAUGUGUUGAGUAGAACCGAGCGCUGCCACUGCUUAUUCACCGGAAGUUAAGACACCCUGCCUGACUUGUCAACUGUUGCUGUAUAUAACCUAGUUUGUGUUUGGUUGUAGUCCCCUCAUUGUGAACGCCAAUAACAAAAAAGGAGAAGGAUGUCUACCCCACCGACCAUUUAUGACCAGUAUAGAAAUCCGUUGUCGGCUAGAUAUGCAUCGCCGGAGAUGUCGUACAAUUUUAGUGAGACCAAGAAGUUUAGCACUUGGAGAAAACUUUGGACCUACUUGGCGAAAGCAGAAAAGGAGCUCAACUUGCCAAUUACUGAUGAACAAAUUGCAGAAAUGGAGGCUAAUUGGAAUAACAUAGAUUUUAACCGUGCCACAAAAGAAGAGCGUGAGACUAGACACGAUGUAAUGGCACAUGUGAGGACAUUUGCUGUAGUGUGCCCACAGGCAGCCCCAAUUAUUCACCUAGGGGCUACAUCUUGUUAUGUUGGUGAUAAUACAGAUUUAAUUGUCAUACGUGAUGGUUUUGAUAUUCUCCUUCCCAAGAUUGCUCGCUGUAUUCAUAGAUUGGCUAAAUUUGCCAUGGAGUAUAAGGCUCUGCCAACAUUAGGAUUUACUCACCUACAGCCUGCUCAGUUGGUCACUGUCGGCAAGAGAGCAUGUCUCUGGAUUCAGGAUUUGGUGAUGGAUGAGCGCGCAAUUUCAAGAGCAAGAGAUGACCUCCGUUUCCGAGGAGUCAAGGGUACCACUGGAACCCAGGCGUCUUUUCUUCAGCUAUUUGAAGGUGAUGGAGAGAAAGUGAAGAAACUCGAUGCUCUUGUUACACAGAUGGCUGGAUUCGAUAAGUCGUAUCCUGUCUGCGGGCAGACAUACACUCGUAAGGUUGAUGUGGAAUGUCUUAAUGUCUUAGCAUCACUGGGAGCUACAGCACAUAAAAUUUGUACAGAUAUUAGACUUUUGGCAAAUAUGAAAGAGGUGGAAGAACCAUUUGAGAAAACCCAGAUAGGAUCAAGUGCAAUGCCUUACAAACGUAAUCCUAUGAGAAGUGAAAGGUGCUGCGCCUUAGCGCGUCAUCUGAUGGCCUUACCAGCAAAUGCUCUUAACACCGCAGCUACUCAGUGGAUGGAGCGCACAUUGGAUGAUAGUGCAAAUAGACGUAUCAGCAUAGGCGAGUCGUUUCUUGCAGCCGAUGGUGUUUUGAUGACCUUGCAGAACAUCACUGAAGGAUUGGUAGUGUACCCAAACGUAAUCAGUCGGCAUAUAGCACAAGAGCUACCCUUUAUGGCAUCAGAAAAUAUCAUUAUGGCCAUGGUAAAGGCUGGAGGAAAUAGACAGGACUGCCACGAAGAAAUACGCCAGCUUAGCUUUGCAGCAGGCAACAGGGUAAAGCAAGAUGGUUUGGACAAUGAUCUGGUUGAAAGGAUAAAGAGUUCAUCAUACUUUGCCCCCAUCCAUAAUCACUUAGAGGACCUUCUAGAUCCAUCAACUUUCAUUGGCCGAGCUCCACAACAGGUAGAGGAGUUCCUGCAAGGUGAAGUUGAUCCAGUUUUGAAGAAAUAUGAUGGGCAGUUAGAGGGAACUGUCUCACUGACCAUAUAAAUUCUUAGACGAAUUGAGGUAAGCGAGAAGGUUGAUGAAUGAGGUAAAUUAUAGAAAAUGGGUGAUGAUUUAUUGGAUGUGUGCUGUUAUUUUGGCAAACAAUGCCACAUUGGUUAUGGUAUUUUGUUUCAGAUUUGAAAUGUAUCGGGCAGUGAGAUCAGAAGACAUGUAAAUUCUGAAGGUUAUUUCUGUAAUACAAUAUCAAAAUAAGCAAGACAACUUUCCUAGAUAGGGAAUUGUGGCUCAUAUUUUAUGAAAGUCAAAAGUUGCAAGCUCAAAUAUUAUUUUAAAGGAAUCUCAUGUGGUAUAAUGGCUAUUUUUUUUGUGUUAGUACAAAGCAAAGGUUCACAGCAUUCUUUCACUCUCGGAUAUUAAAGUAACCAAUUCCAAUUUCAAUUAUUUAUGAGUCUGGUCAGUUGUUGCUGAAACUUUCCUUGUAAAAGUCUUAUUUCUCCCUCACUUUGUUGGUAGGUCUUACAUUUGUAUAAGUGUAUCGAAUUUCAUAGAUACUAGAACAUUAGUAAAUAAUUAUUGUUUUAAAUCAUCUCAGAUCAUGUUCACUCUGAUAAUUAUAAUUCUAUUUCAUCAGAGCUAAAACUUCAGCAUAGAAAAGCAGUCAAGAGGAAAUUAUUGAAAAUUAAGUUUGGAUCCCUCCCUCUAAGAAAGGGUUUAUAUUAAUUUGUUUUAACCCUCACAGUCCAGGCUAAUACAAGCUAAUACUUACUCCUAUGAACGGGCUAAAUUUAGGAUGGCCAUAAGAGAAAAGCUUCAGAAAAAGGAAGAUAUGCAUUUGCUCAUGGUAUUAAGAAUAAAAAUCUAAAAACAUUUCUGUACCUUCCACAGGAAGUUGAAAGUAAGUAUAUCCCCGCUGCAGGCCUGUUUUCCCUAAGACAGUCGUAAAAAAAUGCUAAUUUUACCGUUAUAAAUUUUCUUUAGAAUAUUUUCUUAAUUUAUUUUGUCAAAUUAUAUUUACAGCUCAGACAAUAUCAUAACAGAUAAGAAAGAACUAAAACCAAGAACAAAUUCUGAGUAUAUUCAUUGUAAAAUAUUUACGAUGCAUCCUUGGAUAGGAAGUUGUGACAACAUUCCCCAUUACCAUCUCAAGCAAGACUGAAUCUCUCUCAGCUCGCGCUGACUCUUGUACUGCGAUCUGAAGAGUUGCAUAUAUGUAGUUAUAAGUGGAACUAGGAACAUUUUUCCCACAAUUCGUUGAAACUGUAUGGUGCCAAAUCCAGAACAUAUAUGUAUGCUACCCAGACUUUACCACAGAGCUAUAUGUAAACAUAUAAUGUAUGUUACCCAUCCACAAGGGGUUAAUGAUGAGAUUGCAAAAAGGGAUUUUUCUCAUCAAAGUUAUUGGUUUGUGUCAGAUCUUUGCUUCUUUUUCAUAUUGUAAGCAUGUUGUGAUGAUCUGCAAUUUAGGGAGCUGUAUUCAUGAAAAUGGCAUUUUAAAAAAUCUACAAUCUUUCUUUAUUCAGAGGAAUAAUUAAUAUUUGUAUUGCAUUCACUUUUCACAGUUGUUUAUGGAUUCAAAUGUUUUUGUGGCUGAACUUUACACUAAUAUAUAUAUAUUUUAGCAGCUUCGCCUUUAGCAUUUCCUAUUAAAUUUUCCGUUCCUUUUGAAGUAAAAAUUAUAUCUCCAAAAUGAAAAAGAAAUGAUGGUAUACAGGCAGUCCAUGGGUCACGAAGGGGGUUCCUUUCUUGAGACGCGUUGUAACCCGAAGAUCGUCGUAAGCCAGAACAUCAUAAAAAAUACUAAGAAAACCUUACUUUUAAUGCUUUGGGUGCAUUCAAAACUAUGUACUAAACUGCAUUCUUAUUGCAUUUUGCAUCAAAAAAAGCUUCAAAUAUUGAUUAUUUUGCAUUUUUUGUGUGAUAUUUCUUCUGCCAGAUGAGCAUUGUAGGCGUUGUAACCCUGGAAAUAAUUUCUGAUGAAUAUAAUUUAAAAGCGCCUUAACCUCGGAACGUCGUAAGCCGAACCCGUCGUAACCGGGGGACUGCCUGUACUUAUUUUUAUAUCGAAUAGCAGUCUGAUUUCUAAUCUCUUCUGUCAUGUACUAACUUACUGGCUGCGGUACACUUGAAGUAUUGACUGAAAAGCCCUUGUGGGGGUUACCACUUACAGGAUGUUUUGUGUGGCACACUGUGGCCCACCAACUUUUCUAUGCAGCAUCCUUUUUGUCCCAUGUACUUUGCAUUCUUACCUAUUGCUUUUCCUUUGUCCCUCUUCUCCAGUGGUACUUAACUGUCCAGCUUCUUUUAACUUGAACUUUGAGCAAAUCCUAUAAAUUUCUAAAUGUGAAUCAGUGGGUUUGUUAUACUUAGUAAUUUAUCAUAAGUGAAUUUAAAUACUGGAUACUGGUAAUCUGUAAAGCACUGAGUCCUCCCUUCACUACUUAACCUGUUAAGCAUCACUUAGGAUAGACUCCACCACUCCUGUAUCGUAAGAUUUUCUCACUUGCAGAGCGUUCAUUUGGUGUAAACUAAUUUUUGUUUUUUGUGUUCUUUUUUACAUUGAUAUUGUCUAUAUGUAAAUAUAUUAGGAUAUUAAUGUAGAAUGUGAAAGGAAGAGAGUUUUUUUUAUUACAAGCAUGAGACAUAAGAAGGAAAAAAUUAUUCUUUUGUAUUGUAUGUCAUUCCCUGAAACAGAGCCAGUAAGAGCAAAGAAUGGUUUCAUUUCAUUUAUAUUUGUAUUAUACCAUUUUUGUGCACAUUAUAUUUUAGGCAAACUUUCUUUAUAUAUAUUCAUCUAGGAGCUGGUUAGCAAAUCUUUGUUUCUGCUACAAUGUACUCCAAGUGACUUCCUGUUCAAUAAAUUUCACACCUUUGGGUGAACAAAAUGUAAAGGGACUUCUCUCCAUAUCGGCUACUGCCUAGUCACUUGGCAAUGCAAUGCUUGAAUCUAAUUCUUGGUUUUCUUCAGAAUCAGAUAAAUGUUCUUCAGUCUUAUAUGUUAGAGACUUGAGCUGCUACUCUGUCUCGUAGUCAUCUGAGUAGUGAUAAUAUCUCUUCAGGCAAAAGAUUUUCCUUUCACUUCAGAAUGCUCAGUAUGGGGGAUAAAAGGGAUCAAAACAAAAAUAAAUCAAUCGUGUGCCAAUGAAUACCUGAAGCACACUGAGAAACAAGAUGUAGAUGUCCUCUGUCAGACUGUCUUUUCAUUACAAAGAAAUUGCACUUUACCCAUAAUGUAGCCCUUAGUGAUACCAAAUGAUGUUCCUACAAUUUGUGUAAGAGUAAAGUACAUUUGUGACCUUGAUCAGUGCUGCACCACCCUUAAAAUAGGGAGAAUGUUACUGCGUCAAAGGCGGUGUGAUAUGAUGGUUGGGCAACCAAGAUAUGCCAUUGUUGAUUCCUAACAGGUUAAGCAAAUUUCCCAUUCUUUUUUGUGAAACCUACAAAAUAGAUAUUCCUAUGAAUACAGUAAUAUGGUUUGUGCAAAUGUCCAAACUCAUUCCUUUGGGACUGUGACUAAUGAUUCUGAGCAAGUUUUAGGGCUUCAGUACCCCUGGUGUUUUGGUAAAAAUAUUUUGAAUAUUAAUAAUGACUAGUAAUUACAUACAUCUGAUUCAUUACAUAAUGUUUCUCAUAUUCUUUAUUAUUGUAGAGAUGUUCGCCUGAAAACAAAGUCAGUUGCCUGAAGGGAAAAUUACACAAGAAUUGGAAAUUUGUUCAUGAUUUUGUUAAUUUUUUUUUGCUAUUAAAGCUGCCUACUUACAGUUUUUAUUGCAUAAACAAUAGUUACUCUGUUAUUUAAGAACAGAUUUAUAAGUUAGGAAUCAGCAUUUGUUGUCCUUGGGCAAACUGGCAGCUUUUUGUUUCCAUAGAACUACAUACAAUGUUGUGCUUUGUACAGGAAACAAGUUAAUUCAGUUGAUAUAGUAGUUUAUUAUUUUGUAUGCAAUGCUACCUCAAGAUUAGAAAAACCAUGAUAUAAGUAUGUGCAGGCAGUCCCCAUGUUAGGACGGGGGUUCCGUUCUUGAGACACGUUGUAACCUGAAAAUCGUCGUAAGCCGGAACAUCGUAAAAAAUCCUAAGAAAACCUUACUAUUAAUGCUUUGGGUGCAUUCAAAACUAUGUAAACUGCAUUCUUAUUGCAUAUUUCAUCCAAAAAACCUUCAAAUAUUGAUUAUUUUGCAUUUUUGGCAUAAUUUUUCUUCUGCCAGAUCAGCAUUGUAGGCGUCGUAACCCUGGAACAUGCAUUGUAAUCCUGGAAAUAAUUUCUGAUAAAUAUAAUUGAAAAGCACCUUAACCUCGGAACGUCGUAAGCCGAGCCCGUCGUAACCCGGGUACUGCCUGUACUUGAAUUUCAAGAUGUAAAUAAGCUUGACAUUGUAAAGACAUUAAGGAACAUUCAGGAUUCAAGUCAAGAUUUUAUCCAAAUUUUCCUCUGAAAUGUGCCAGUUCAGUAAUUAAAACUUUCCUCUGUGGGUCUGUAAAAUGUGUUUUUUUAAUUUGAAUUAUCAGGAAUAUUGACAAAUAUUGUGUAAGAGUGCAAUAGAAAGUCUAUAUGUACUAUAUAACAUUGACAGAUAUUGGGUAAAAAUUGACAAAUAUUGUGUAAGUGUGCAAUAGAAAGUCUAUAUGUACUAUAACUUGACAGAUAUUGGAUAAGAGUGCAAUAGUAAGUCUGUACUAACUAUAUCUUAAUUGAGUUCUGAUAAAUAAUGUAGAGACAGCUAAAUUUAUUUUAAGAUAAUGCACUAUUAUAGUGUUGAUCUAAAAUCUUCUUUAGUUUGUACAUUAGAAUCUUAGGUGAAGAGUGGUAUGCUAUCAUGCCAUGGUAGUUUAGUCACUUUAAUCUAAACUGGCAAGUGUUAAGUCAUGCAUGGGAUGCAAGCUUGUGAAAUUCUGCUCAAGAAUAACAGACUAUACGUAUUGGCAUAUAUGAACUUGACCGUGAGAGUCAUUGCAUUACGUCAUGCCAGCAAUAUAGGGUGAACAGUCCAAGGAAAUGUGUUCUUAGGAUGUUAGCGUUAUUGUGGUCUGGUUAAACAAACUUAAUAAUAAUGCUCUUUCAAGAUUAUUACUUAUGCUCAAAAGAAAAUAUGUAAGUACAUAGUUAUAUACCAUAGCUUACUAUUUUUGUAUGCCCUCAAUUUAUAGUAUUAUUGCUCUGACCCUUAUUUCAUAAGAAAAGUGUGCAUUCUUUUGUGAAACAGCCACCUGUCUUAGAAUACUUAUCUUCUUAACCAAACAGAUUAUGUUCCUUCCAUGUAAAACUUCAGUGAGUUAUAUUGUACUUAUAACUUUUGCUAUUGACUCUGACGAUGCAUUUUGAUGUAAAUAUUCUCCUUAACAUGUGCUUUAAUGAAUAAUGGAUAAAAAAGGGAAGAAAAGUGAGAUCAGUUUAAUGAAUGAAAGAGUAUAAAAGGAUGAUAGAAAAGCAAAGCAUAGUUAUAUAGAGAAAGUUCGAGGGCAAAAUGAAAGAAUAUAUUUAUCACAAAAUUUGACAAUAAGUGUGAGGGUUGUUGAUUGUGAGAGAAAGAGUGAAGAUGACAAAAUAAAGCCAUGUAGUGUGUAUACAUACAGCACCUGGGAAAUAGAGAAGAGAUUGCUUGCAAAUAGCCAUGGUUUCAUAGUGUUAUCUGCCAUGAAGAGACCUGAGUUUUCCAUCAAAAAACUAUAUUGCUGGACAUUAGAUGUAUGGAAGUUCCCUUUUGAAGUAACAGGAAGGCAUGCAAAAAGAAUAUUUGUCAUUAGCGGGGAAAAGGUUCUAUGUACAGUUUUCUAGGAAUAGUAUAACAUAUAUGUAGUAAACUAUAUACACUGGGCAAUUUUAGAGUUUAGUUUUAAGUGUCACAAAAGUGAUGAGUCAUCUUAAGCAUGUAGUCAUGUUUUGUUUAUAUGUACUCGGGAAUUUUAGAUGGUCCUCUGCUCAAUGAUAUCAAUGAUCAGUAGUAUUUUAAGUGAAAAUUUUUUAUAUAAAUCUAAAUGUUACAUGGUUCUCAUCCAUGGUUGCAUAAUGAAGUGCAAUAUGAGUGGUUUUUGAAGGUCCUAAUAACAGUUUUUGCCUUUGCUGAAAGAGACACGUACAGGCAGUUCCCAGUUAUCGGCGAUCCGUUUUUAUGGGGCUUGUCUUUUACCAUGCUAAAAUGUGCCAAUUUCUGGUGAAACAGAGGCACCAUUAACAGGUUAUCAGCGCCAACGAGCACUGAAAAUCGCUGAUUUUCGCUUAUCAUCAAGUCAGAAUGGAACCCCACCGAUAACUAGGGACUGCCUGUACUGGAAAAUUAAAUUUCACUCAGUCAAUUUGUUGGUACUACUGUAUUUAAUUAUUGUUAAAAAUAUGAUCUUAGAUGAUUUGGUGCUUAUGAAAAUUUUUGAACAUUUUUGUUGACCUAAUAUUUUGAUUAUGUGUAGAAAUAAAAAUUUUUGUCUUUCAAAUGGAA